AUGGCUGUCUCACCGAGGCUUGCCAAUGCUGCGUUCAAUCGCACUUUUAUUAAUGCACCGUAUGCUGCGGUUGCCGUUAAAAAUUUAUUUGAAUCUUCCAGCAACUUUCGCAGUGACAUUCAUGUUUCUUCUAAUCCCUCUUGGGCCGUUGGCGCUAAGCGGCGGUCUGACGGUUCGAUCCUUUCGAAAACCACUUUGAAUGCUGCCCCAACUGUUAAUUUUCAGAAGCGCUUAUCUUCUUCGUCCGCCACUGUAAAUUCUAGUAAAUCAACUAUAGUCCCUGAUUUUUCUAAAUAUCGAAAAAGUUCCGAUCAAAAUUCUAGUCGCACAUUUGCCUAUUUGAUGGUUGGAACUACUGGCGCUUUGACAGCUGUUGGUGCUAAAAAUUCCAUUACAGAUUUUCUCGCAAAUAUGAGUGCAUCUGCUGAUGUUUUGGCUUUGGCUAAAGUUGAAGUAGAUUUAACAAAGAUUCCUGAGGGUAAAAACGUUGUUAUAAAAUGGCGUGGUAAACCUGUUUUUAUUAGGCAUAGAACUGCUAAUGAAAUCUCUGAGGCGAAUGCAACUCAAUUAAAUGAACUUAAAGAUCCUCAGAAUGAUUCUGACAGGGGUGUGUGCACACAUUUAGGUUGUGUUCCAAUCGGUGAAGCUGGCGAUUAUGGAGGCUGGUAUUGCCCAUGCCAUGGUUCCCAUUAUGAUAUAUCUGGCAGAGUUCGAAAAGGCCCUGCCCCACUUAAUCUUGAAAUUCCCCAAUAUGAAUUUGAAGGCGAAGAAUUAUUGAUUAUUGGAUAA